UACAUUUUUUGUACUGUUUUGUUUGUAUAUCUUUCGACUUAGACUAAUAAAAUACGGCAGAAAUAUACAUUAUUUUAAAUAUAAAGAAAUACAAUUUGAAUAGGAAUAUAAUAAAAUAUUUUUUGUAUUUUAUGGUAUAGUCCAUAAAGGAGAGGGUGGAUAUGAGUCUAUUUAAUAUGAAACACCCUUACAUGCAUUUGGAGUAUAUUUCAAGUAAUUUGUAAAGGUAUUUUUAUAUUGUGUUAACAAGAAGAAGUGAGUUGUGAAGUAGUUUAAAGAGAUGAGGAAGACUAAUGUUUGGAUAUUAGAUUUAAAGUUGCUGGGAAUGUUUUUUGUCUUGGAGUAGUGCAAUGUAUUUUAUUUCCUGAAAGGCUAUAAACAUUUUGUGUAACAAUAGUUAUGUGGAGGAAAUGCAUUAGUCUCUGGACAGUUGAUGGUGGCUUGAAAUGGGGGACUAUGCAUUAUAUCAGGCAAUAAAGUCGUUCACACCAUCAUCAGAUGAUGAAUUAGAGUUUCAAAAAGGAGAUGUGUUUCAGAUAUCCGUGCAAAGUCCAUUUGCUAAUAAUCAGUCUAGGAAGCCUGGGUGGCUCUCUGCAUACAAUCGAAGAACCAGGGCAAAAGGAUAUGUUCCAGUGGAAUGUGUUAAGUUACUGGGAUCUGAAGUUGGUAAAACAAUACAUCACCCUUCAGCUUGUGGUGUGGAAGUUUCAGAUGUCAAAUUGGAAGGAGAAACGAAGACACCUGAGCAUAAGUUAGAAGACGAAUACUUCUUAACUCCGAUUUUAUGUAAACAUUGUAAAGACUAUAUUUGGGGUCAGGGCCACAUUGGUGUCAAAUGCAGAGACUGUCACGCUUGUUUCCACAACUAUUGCCUACGAUUCUUCCCAAAUUACCUGUGCCAGAAGGACACCGACACACUGCCACCGGUUACUUUAGAAUAUGACAAGCCUAUCUCGGAGUGGACUUCUUCGAACGUUGUGGAAUGGAUGGCGGCACUAAACCUAUACACGUAUUCAGACGUUUUCAGGUGCAAAGACAUUAAAGGUGCUGAUUUAAUAAAUUUGGAUCGAGAUAAGUUAAUUGGAAUGGGAAUUAAAGAUGAAUUCCAUCAGAAAGCUAUCCUGACAUGCAUAGACGAACUCCUUAAAAAACCCGAGGAUAAGAUAUCUAUUGAAAAUGAACCCGAAGAGUACGUGUCCUCAGGUACGAACUAUGCACAUAACCUGACUCAACACAGCUUUAGUUCCCUGGAAAGAUGUGACAAAUGCAACAAAUAUCUGAGAGGCAUUCUGCAUCAAGGUUUUAUUUGUCAAGACUGCGGACUCGUUGCUCACAGGACCUGUGCCGCGACAGGACUUCCAUCUUGCACGCACCGUCCAAUGGAUGAGAGGUUACAUUUUAUCCAAUUUAAGUCUUUUUUCGGGCAAGGCCUCUGCAUCCAGUUCAAACUAAGUGAAACGCCGGCACCUCAGAUCCUCAUCAGUUGCGCGCUCGAACUAGAGAAAAGAGCCAAAAAUAACGAAUCCUUAGAACUAUACAAUUUGUACUGUGCUACCCCUCCAUCAGAUCAGUUGCACGUUCUGGUAAAGAGAAUCGAAGAAAAUCCGAACAAUGUUGAUCUUACGGAUUUCAGUCCCGUUUGUAUAGCUAGUGUUUUUAAAAAGUAUUUACGUGAAUUGCCCGAUCCGCUUAUACCCGUGCAGUGGUACGACAAGUUCUUGGAAGCUUCGAAGAAAAGGAACGACGAAGAAUGUACUUCCAUUUUGAAGCAGUUGGUGCAGGAAUUGCCCGAGCACCACAAGUCCACGCUCCACUUUAUCAUGGGCCACCUUUGUCGCAUUUGUCAGAUGGAAUACGCCAGGGGCAAUAAGAGCCCUCCGACUGUCCUCAUACAAGUUAUGUGCCAUAUUUUUCUAAGGCCUCCCUGGGAACGUAUAAUACAAGUGGUAUACAACACCCAAGCUCACAACAGAAUUGUCGAACUAUUAUUACUAUACUGCGAGUGGGGAGAAAAGUUACCAGAAUUUGCCUCGGCUCCGGCGAUCCCACCACGGAAGGUGUCACGGAUGGGUAGCAGCGCCGCCUAUUACAGCAGCGUACUAGAGAAAGAAAGGGAGAAAAACAACAUGGCCAUGUCGCUGCAAGACGCCGACUGGUAUUGGGGCGAUAUCAAAAGGGAAGAAGUAAACGAAGUCUUGAACGAUACGGUUGACGGUACGUUUUUAGUUCGAAAUGCCUCUAGUAAAUGUGGUGAAUAUACGUUGACAUUGCGAAAAGGUGGUGCUAAUAAACUAAUUAAAAUAUGUCACCGAAAUGGAAUGUACGGAUUCACUGAACCUUACACAUUCCAUUCCGUCGUGGAGCUCAUAAACCAUUUUAGGCACGACUCGUUAUCACAGUACAACGCUUCUCUUGAUAUUAAGCUGCUCUACCCAGUGUCUAAGUAUAAUCAGGAAGAAGAAUUAGCAAAGACUGAAAAAAUUGAAAAAUUAUUUGAAAAAUUAAUAGCUGUAAAUAAGAAUUUAGCGGAGAAGAACAAGGUGUCGGAAACGGUUUCAAAGGAUUUCAACGAAACCUCAUCUGAAGUACAAACUAAACGCCACGCACUGGACGCUCUGAAAGAGUUAGUACAAGUUUUUCGAGAUCAAACCUCGAUCCAGGAAAAAAUCCAAAACGAGGCCCAGCCGCACGAGAUUAAAAACUUGGAAAUUAAUUCGGAACUGCUGAAAAAACGUUUAGAUUUGAUGUCGGAAAGUUGCGAACAGUUGGAGGAAAUACUGAAGCAAAAGGAAGCUUACAAGAAGGUGUUGGAGCGGGAACUAACAACGUUAAAACCUGAAAUACAUGGGCUCGCCCGAGAAAGGGACAAGUACAUGCGGUGGCUUCAACAGAGAGGUUUCUCACUACCGAAAAUAAACCAGGUCAUCAAUAGGAACAUCGAGGAAACUUCCGAAGAAUGUGAAGUGGAUACGGAGACGCUACCCCACAACGACGAGAAGACGUGGUUGAUGCUGAACUGUUCACGUACUGAAGCAGAACGACUUUUGGACGGAAAACCGGACGGCACAUUUUUAAUUAGAAAGUCGCGGCACGUGGACAAAUACGCGCUGUCGGUAGUGUGCAACGGUAGCGUCAACCAUUGCAUCAUCAACGAAACUAGUAAAGGUUUAGGUUUUACGGAACCGUACAAUAUUUACCCGACCUUGAAGGAUUUGGUCCUGCAUUACGCUACAAACUCAUUAGAAAUCCACAAUGACCUGCUCAAUACAGUAUUGGCUUAUCCAAUUUUGGCAUGUAAUGGAAGUUACAUCGGAGAGAAUCCUCCCAUCUACGUUUCUUAAUAUGUCAAAUCGUGUGAUAAUAAAAAAGCUGCUGUGACUUUUUUUAUAUUCCCAUAUUAAUAUAGUGGUGAUAAAAAAAAACUUCUAACAAAUUAAAUGCAUAUGUAUAUGCAUAGAUAUAGAAUAGAAAACUUAAUUGCUUAAUCACCGAAAAAAUGACUGUGAUAGUGUACUAAAGAUGAGUUUUCACAUGUACUUAUAACAUUAGCACAGUGUGAUAUCGUGGACGGAAGUUGUUGUGAAGAAAUGAAGCUGUGAAGUUGGAUAUCCGUUUAACAAGAUGCACCAGUAACGUAACCAGUUAUUAGAGGCUUUAAUGUAUAUAUACGAGAAGUCUCUCAUUCUCCUAUUGAUCUGUGCUGAUAGCCUGUGAAUCAAAGAGUUUUCACUUUGGUUGGUGUGAUAUGGAAAAUUUAGAUUCCGUUGUUUUGCUCGUUAAAAAAGCCGUUUCCAGGAUCACAAAUUCACGGUCUAGUCGCCGUUAAGUGUUUCCUAAAAGCAGUGUCGCCGGAGAAAAUUAAAGCAGUAAUUUCCCAUUUCCCGUUUUUAGGGGAUAAAGAACUUUCGUCGUGAAAGAAAUUGUGUCAAAUUUGCGAAUUAAUUAAAAUAGUUUCGGCGGACCUUAAUAUUUCAAAGUAAAUUUUUUAUUCUUGAAAAAAAAAAAUCGGUUGAUUAUGAACGAGAACCUUGUCGAAAUCUCAGGGUUGGUCUCAUUUGUCUGAAAUUUUUUCUGUACGAAAAUUCUGCACCCGCUUUAAUUUUUGCCGGCUUAAAAGUUCUCAACCUAUUUCUUAGGGAUUUUAUUUAAACAGCUAUCUGGUCGAUUGCGUAAUACUUAAAAGAGUUUGACCUGAAAACAUACUUUGGUUUUUUUGCAAAAGGGAAUCGUUCCGGUACUACUGCUAAUUUUUUUUUAGCAAAAAGUAUUUAACUGAUCGAUCAGCCGGCAAGGAGGUAUUUUUGCCUAACUUUUCGAUGUUGGUUGAUUUAAGUGAAAAUCACUUUGAUUAAACAGUUUGUUUUUUUAUCUACAUAUUAUUUUGUACCUAAUAGGUACGUACAUCUUAUUCGAUUACUUUGGAACAAAAAGCAUUCUAGAUAAGUACUGGAAAAUCUAGUAGAAAUAUUGAUAUAUAAAACAUUUCGAGAAUGUUUAUAUUUAUUUACUGUUAAAAAUCAAAAUAAAAAACAAGACUAUAUAUUUUAUAAAUAUAAAUUCGAAGAAUUAACCCCUUUGUUGUGGUCGUUAUGAGGUAAUUUUUUUUUUACCCGUAACGAAUCUUAGGAAUUAAAUUAGUGUGGAAGUUUUCCGCAAAUAUUUUUUUUAGAAUUAAUUUGCUGUUAUAAAACUAUAUUCGAAACUGAUCCGAUACGAAAUGAGUAAAUGUAGAAUAUCCGUGACAUAAUUAGUUUCAAUUUUAUUGACAUACAACACUACAAUCUCGCAACAUCUUCAUUAUACUUUAAUAAAACAUUAUUGAUUUUAAUCCUUUCUUUUAAUAAUUUUAAUAUACAAGUAACUGUUUUGGCUCUCUCAGUUAUGUCCAUUGUUUAAUUUCACAUAUACUCAUCUCAUAGUGAUAUGAUAUUGCUUAUAUUGUUUUGAGAUUAUUCAUAACUUAAAUUCCGAAGAUUAAUAUUUUUCAAUCUAAGUAAUUAUAAUAAUAUAUUUCGUUUUUCAUUGAACAUAUUUUUUUUUGGUAAUCGUAGUUGCCAAAUAGUGAAUAUCGGUAGAAUGUAACAUUGGCCACUUUUUUUAUUUAGGGGAGAUAGGGGA